GUUCAUGCCAGAGCACAAGGUUGCCCAUUUGGAAAAGGUAAUUGGUGUUAAAAGAAAUGGAGAUGCUUAUCACUCAGAGGGUGUGUCUGGCCAGCAGCAGAGCAGAGCUGUAAUGAAAACCAGUGACACACACCGUGAGUCUGGACUUUGUGAGUCCCAGCCUGGACUCUGUACCACACAGCAUGAGAGGUUGCCUUCCCCAUUACCAGCCCCAGCGAGCCCGAGCCAGUCUGAAGCACCAGAAAGUACAAAUCCUUGUCAAGAGGAAGAUAAGCAAUGCCUGACUUUUAACCUCUCUAAUAUCUUGAGUGGACAGGACUACCAGCAAAGACCACUACACAUUGCCUGGCCUCACAGGUGGGAACAUGAGAAAGAUCCUGAAACUUUCUUUAACCUGCUGAAGCUGAAAGAGAAAGAUUUGCCUUUCCACGUGUCCGUCCUUGGAGAGACUUUCACUGAAAUUCCAGAUAUCUUUGCAGAGGCCAAAAGAGGCUUGGGAUCGUCCGUGUUGCACUGGGGCUACUUACCCAGCAAAGAUGACUAUUUCCAAGCUCUGUGCAUGGCUGAUGUUGUCAUCUCGACAGCUAAACACGAGUUCUUUGGCGUUGCAAUGAUCGAAGCUGUUUAUUGUGGUUGUUACCCGCUGUGUCCCAAGGCCUUGGUGUACCCAGAGAUCUUCCCAGCUGAAUAUCUGUAUUCUACACCUGAACAGCUUUUUAAAAGGCUUCAGAAUUUCUGCAAGAGACCAGAUAUUGUGAGGAAACAUCUCUAUAAGGGCGAGACGGCCGGGUUUUCUUGGGCAGCGCUCGGCAGUAAAUUCAGGUCUCUGCUCGCAGCAGAACCGAGGGAAGAUUUGUGACAGAUGGGGCUAAGUCACAAACUUGCAGCCUCAGGCAGAAUUGUGGAAGUUUCCAGAGUGUGCCCAUAUUUACCUGAUCAGAGAGAAAAGAAAAUCUGCAGAGGAAGCCGAGCCUGGCUGCUUGUCAUAGCUGACACAGAGCCAUCUGCCACAAACCUGUGGCGGCUUCAGAUCUCCAAUCCCUGCCACCACCCCAGCUCAAAUUAAAUACAGAUUCUUAGAGACGUUAUGAUGGUUACACAUGUCCUCGGCAUCACAUGCAGGAGACUGUUCAAAAAAAAUAUGUGGCCUGUUGUGUAACCGCACUCAUGUAUCCCAUAUGUGGUGCCACAUUGAAUUUCCGGUUGAAUCUGUUUUUAUCCUUUGUACUGGAUGACAUG